CAAAACAUCAGACAUUGGUGUAGGGAACUCAUUCCGUAUCUUGCAGCUGUCAAAGGUUUCUCUCUGAAGAAUGGAAGAUUUCUCCAAUAAUGACACAUCACUGGACAUGAGCCAUGGUUACAACACCUUCUAUGACUACUAUAUACGAGCAGCAUUCAUCAUAAAUGUGGUGACAUGCAUAAUCAUCUGUAUUGGACUUCCUUUGACCCUGGUGGCCAUCUAUGCUCUUUAUUCUCUGGUGCGAAAGGAUCAUGUUGCUCCAAUCUACGUCAUCAACCUUCUCAUUUCCGACCUCAUUCAGUUCUGCUGCAUGAUCGGUUGGUUGGCAAAACCUGAGAACUGGAACAAAACUAGCAUUGUCUAUAGUAUCUACUACUCCAGUCUGAUGGCCAGUGUUGGCUUCAUGGUGUGCAUCGCCCUGGAAAGGUAUUUGGUCAUCGCCUGCCCACUGUGGUACCGCUUCAGACGAUCCAUCAAGAUCUCUGUGGUGGUCUGUGUCCUGGUCUGGACCCUUCCUCUUGUCUAUUGCUUCAUUUCUUUUUUUUUGAAUACCCCAAAUCUUUCAGUAAUUAUUUAUUGCAUAUUUUUUUUCCUUCCCCUCCCACUGCUCAUAUUCUUUCUGGUUGGGACCCUUAAAGUCCUGUCUGCUUCCAUCUCAGUUCACGCUGAUGAAAAACGACGAAUUGUGGCAAUGUUGGUCCUGGUGCUGCUUAUUUACACGCUGUUGUUCCUGCCCACAACAAUUUUCUGUCUGAAAGAGGGAGACAGAUGUGAUACUACCAUCAACAGCCUGCCUUAUUUUUCUAUUAGGUUGAGUCCUCUUGCAGACUUAGUUCUGUAUAUUUUCAUGAGGAAAGGGGCCAUAGACAAGCUUUUGGCCUCUGUGUGUUGUUGCAGAAUGGACAGCAAUGAAUACAGCAGUUCAACAGUAUGAAUGAGUCAGCUUCAUGUAGGCAGAGAAAUAGGGAGAGAGAGACAGAAAGGGGAGAAAACAGAAGGAGACAUGUUGGCAAAUAAAAAAGGAUAGAGACAAGAAAGAUUCUCUCUUCUAUGGAUAUGGUUUUUAAUAAGACACCUAACUGUUGAUACAAGGAAGUAUUGUCUUUAUGCUGUGGGAGUUAUGCUUGCUGGGAAAUGUUUUUGUAAACUUGCUCAGCUGUCAAUCAAAUAUGUCAAUCAAAUAUGCUGUUAUUAGGUUGCUAGUCUAGUUAAUGUCUAUCAGUAUUUUACUGUACAUGGUGGCCAAAUUUCACAUUUUGAUUUAGAAUCCUUUGUACAUGAGUCAAAAGAAUAUCCUGAAUGAUACCAUAAGAGAAAAACUGUGAGACAGUUAAAAGAUAAAGAGUUUAAAGAUGGGCAGAUCAAGUAAGAAACAAUCCUCACAGUGAAACCCCUAUCACUGGUAAAGCUGUAACACCCCCCAAAACACACACCUCUAAAAGCCUGAAGGUCUUUGAUGUGUAAGACUUAUGAUUUGGUGCCCCCCAGUGUUAGAAUAAAAAAGGCCCUGUAACCCCCGGUUACCAGAACCCUGUGAAAUAGUUGACUGAACUGUAAGUUAAUGUAACAAUUAAAAGUUAAAAAUAAUAUUUAUUUAAUUUGAUAACUGUACUGAUCUAAUUCACUGGGCUAAACCAC